ACAUUUCCUGUGCUGUGUUCGAGCAGGUCGUCAUUUUACUUAUAUCAAGCGAGGAUCCGCGCGGUGUCUUAACAUUCCUAUAAACGAGUUAAAUAUGUCUGGUCGUGGUAAAGGUGGAAAGGGACUGGGUAAGGGUGGCGCAAAGCGUCAUCGUAAAGUUUUGCGAGAUAACAUUCAAGGUAUUACAAAGCCUGCUAUCCGCCGUUUGGCUCGUAGGGGUGGAGUAAAGCGAAUUUCAGGCUUGAUCUAUGAAGAGACCCGUGGAGUACUGAAAGUGUUCUUAGAGAAUGUUAUUCGAGAUGCGGUCACCUAUACUGAGCAUGCCAAGAGAAAAACUGUGACCGCCAUGGAUGUGGUAUACGCUUUGAAGAGGCAGGGUCGUACUCUGUAUGGUUUCGGAGGUUAAGCUGUAAUUAAAUGUACAGUAAUUCAAAGGCUCUUUUAAGAGCCGCC